GGAAAUGCUGGACAGCUGUGAAAAACUUCAAGGACAGUAUUUUAAGGAGAAACAAUUUGGGAAUAAGAAAAGAGUUCCAAAAAAUGCCCAGCGACUGUGGUCUCUGCUUAGGAAUGGUCUCCAGGAAGCUAUAGAGAAGGUGAAAGGAGAGGAUCUCCAGGCUCAAGUUCUGCACCAUGGCCUGCAUCUUCUGCUUCGUAUUCCAUUUACCAAAUCCAUUAAAUAUGUCACCUACAUACCUACGCUACACCUCUUUGUGUCUAUUGAUUCUGUUGGACAUAUUCAGCAGCAUGACAUAGGAGGACAAGUGGGGAGAUGUGUACAUUUCAUGUGGCCUCUUUGUGGAAUACUGUACGCGUGGCAGGUGCAGCAAUACGUAGCAUGGAGCCACGAGGAACUGCUGGUGCUGGACCAGUCUCUGGCCAUGGUGUCACGGUGUCCAGUGAAGCAGGGUGUGUCCUGUUCUGCUUACGAUUCAGGCAGAAACCAUGUUCUAAGUGGUGGAUGUGGCGGAGUCACUGUGUGGACAUUUAGUCACAGCACACGUAAUCUCACCUGUCAGCAAUUCCUCAAUCAGGGGAUGACAGAGCAGGACAGAGUUACUGUCAUCGCUUUGGAUACAGCAUCAGCACUGCCACAUACAUGUUUUGCAGUAUGUAGGACUAGUGUGUGGGAAUAUGACUUAAAUAGUGGGAAUCUACUGAGAAUUCGAAGAGAUCUGCACCACAGGAGAAUUACGGGGCUUUUAUACUCAGAAUUUCUUCAGCUCCUGAUAUCUGGAUCCAGAGACGGAUCUAUUAAGAUCUGGAAUGGAGAGGCACAAUUGAAAGCUGCAUAUUUGGGACACUCAGGUCCAGUAACUGCUCUGUCUCUAGAUGUAUCUGGUAUGACUGUUUACUCAGGUUCUGAAGAUUCCACCUUGCGUUCUUGGGAUCUGGAGACCAAUGAGCAGGUUGGGGAACAACAGUUGACAGGGAUGGUGCUGAAGUUGGAGAUGUUUGAUGAAGAUGAGACAUUUGUUGUUUCACAGAUGAGUUGUGUUCUUGAUGUGUGGCAAGUACACAAACUAUAUCAGCUACACGCUCCUGUAGGAGUCAUGUUGACCAACAUCACAACGAGUCAAGGGCAGUUACCAUCCAGAGCCUUGUGUGUGUGUGCAGACAAUACUGUGCGUCUUAUAGCAGCCGGUACCGGAGAUCUAAUAUCAACUCUUCUGCUAGACCCUGGGACCAGAACAGUGGGUGCAGAGUACUGUGGGCACACGGAGUGCGUCCAUGUCCUGCUGGAAGAGGGAGAUUUAGUAACGGCCAAUGCCCUGCUGAACCCAAUGAGUAUUGUGAACCGGGUCAAACUUGGGAGCCCAGGAAUCCUCCCCAUAUGCCUCACAGUAUACUCCCUGAUAUUGGAUGAGACCAAUGCAAUCACCGAAUGGAGGGAAGUGGUGGAAAACAAAGGGGUGAAGAUUAUAAGAUUGGAAAACCAGGAGCUUGACCUAUUGAAGAAGAAUCGGUUCCUUAUCGUGGUGGGUAAAGAGGACGGCACGCUGUGGGUAUAUGAUUGGGAGAGAAACCGAAAGCUGUGUCAGUUCAGAGCACAUUGUCCGGCAAAAGUAACUUCUGUCAUUUCAAGCCCAAAAGACAACUUCAUUUUUAGCGCUGGCUCCGAUCGGACGGUAAAAGUGUGGAAAUUCUUUCCGUACGUUGAGGAAUGUUUUAGUCUCUUCCUAAGUCUUUCCUGCUCACAGCCAGUGGCGAACAUGGCCAUCCUGAAAUCUCUGCUGUUUGUGGCAUUCAAUGAUCCAUCCACAGCCACCUACAGCCUCAUACAGUACAAUCUAGAGACUCAGACUCGAGAAGACCACUUGCCGGGUGAUGACCAUCAGGACAAAGUCACAGGUCUCUGUUCCUGCCCAGAACUUGGGUUGGUGGCCACAUCUGGAAGAGACAGAAAGGUUCGCAUUUGGAAUCAGCAUAAUCAGCUGCUCAGGACAUUGUGUCUGAAUGACGCCCCUCAGAGCUUAGCUUUCAGCAAAGGGGGAGCAGAACUUCUGUUAGGAGUGCGCACUAAUGUGUAUCGAAUCAACCUCUCCAGAUUGCUGCCUAUGUCGUAUCAACUCAAGCUCCAGGCAAUGUUUCUCGAGUCGUCAUCACUCCCUGUUGAUCCUCCAAUACCUAUUCUGAGUUCUGCUCUGCUGGCCAUGUCUGAGGAAGAUCGGAGGCGACUAGCUCAGACACACUCCAGACUGUCCAGUCAUGGAGUGGAGGUGCCAAGGAACCUACAGGAGAGUAAAGAGAAAAGCGAGGAAUAUACUCGGCUUUGCACUAGAGAUCAAGAGCUGCAACUUCUACUGGAAGGAAGAAUGGAGCACUCCAAGAAAACAAAGAUCAGCAAAAAAAACAAGAGAGAUGCCAUGGAAAGAUAUCUUCAGCUGCUGUAUAGAGACAUAGCCGACAUAAAGAAAGCUGAAGUUGGUUCCUGUGACCCAGAUGACCUUCGUAUGCCACCAAUCCAAAAACCCAAAGAGUCCCCAUUUAUCCCUUUAUCAGGAAAUAAAGGCUUCUAUUCAGACUCUGCUCUCGGCCCAUCCAUUCAAACCUCGCCUCGAAAUCUGCCGGUCUCCUUCCAAGCUUUUAGGUCACUUCCAAAUUCUGCUGUGCUCCAAAUGCUUCUUCCCAUGGAACUUCUGGAAAAGAAACAGAAGGUGGAGAGCAGACUGUGGAGGAGAUUGGAAUUAUUUCAAGGUGAUGUCACAUCUAACAAAGCUGACCCUGUGAUCUCAGAAAGUAGAGUGAGUGAGGAAGAGGAUGAGGGAGUCGCUGGAGAAGAGGAAGAAUUGAUGGAAAAUGAAGCCAUUUUAAGGAAAAUAGCACAAUUUGAGGUGGUGGAGAGUUUGCUUCCUUCACUAGAUGCGAGUUCAGUCCAAAGUCUCUCUGUAAUUACUAAUGUGGAUGAGAAGGAGAAGCAGGAUCCUAGACCGCCAGUGACGCAGGUUCGCCGAAUGCAGCGGCUCUUACCUUCACGGUUACCAAGGCCACGGACACAGCCACAGCGCAUUACGAGUCCCAUACACCUUGACCAUCCGGUGCUCCCUUUGUCUCCUGAGCCAGUUGUAUUGGAAAAGUUGCCAUCUCCCACCAUUGAGGUCUCAGAGUCAAGAGAGAACACGUUGUUGCCUCUUUUUAUCUUACAGUUUCAGGGUAACAGCUGGUUCCCCAGUAUCUUCCCCAAAUCUCAGAUUGAGCUGCAUCCUGUUGGGGAAAAGGGUUGUGUGUCUCGACUCCUGCAAAGUCUUCUUCACAGUGGACACCCCACACGUGCGGAGAUUCUCCAGGCUCUGAAGACAUUAUUCCAACAAGGCCAUCUCAAGAACAGCAAAGAGACACGUAUCACUCUCAUCCAGGCCAUUAACCCAGCUGCCGAGCCAAACCUACAGAUGCCUGAAGACAAAGAGUUUGUUUUCUCAUGUCUGAGUUUCAUGGUUGACUUGUUUCCUGGUGACAAGGAUUUAAUUAUAGAGCUCCUAGUGCUGUGUGUGAAGGCACCUCCCGCUCACAGAACAGAUCUAUUUGGCUUCUUGACAAAAAUGGGUGUUCAAGACCCUCAUGACUUCCUUAAAUUAAAGAUGAAAUCGUGGGAUAAUUGGGAGCGGACAAAUAUGAGCAGAGAUUCCUUGAGACAUAAAUGUGCGCACUGGCUGGAGGAGUGGACUUCACAGCUAAAGGAUCACGUGUCGCAGAGUCUGCAAGCUUUGCAGGACAGAUCAUGGGCAGGUCGCCCUCGAUUAGGAGGAGCUAGAAUUUUCAAGGGCCGGCUGCGAGCUUCAGAGCCAUGGGACCACAGCAUGUUUGAAGUCACACCAGUCGAGGUUCUGAAUUAUUACUGCGAGGCUCAGAUGAUGAGCGAGUUACAGGCGCCAAAAGAGCCUCACACGGAUCGGAGCACAGUACUGGCACUGCCCCCCAUUAACAGGCAGAGAGCGUUGCUGCGGCUGGGAGAGACGGAUGUGGGAUUGAGACCUCGAGCUCAGGAAAAUGGGUUCCUCCCUUGUGUUGUACGGCCUUUGCAUCAUGGCAUCAUACCAUUCAUUAAUCUACCUUUGAAGAAGGUCUCAAUUUUUCCUUUCACAACAGCGCUGGAUCCCCCUGCGAAGCCUUAUCUAACUGGCUCUUUGAAGCAAGACAUUCACAGAUACUUCAUAGUGCAGAAAUCGUAUGCAAAUAGUCACUUGUGAAUUAUAUCUAAAUUUAUUUCUACAGCUCUCAUAAUAUGACUUUGUUGAUUUGUUCAGAGAAGCACUAAGUCAAUCUCAAUAUUAAAUUUUGUGUGGCCCAUACAAAGAUCUUAUUUCUUGUAGACCUACAUAUUAAAAUUGAUGUGCAACAAAUACUAAAUACAUACUUACAAUUACAUUAAAAAUUCCCUCAAUGAAAGUACACAAAUUGCAUUGAAGUGAUGGAUUAAAAGUGCAAAUGUUGUAGUGCCUGCUUCUACCUUUAGGGAGAGUCAGAACUCCUACUACAGAAAUAAGAGGCAUAAAGGAUUGUGAUACCCGAUUUUUACCGCAAGGGUGAAGCAAACCUCCCUCCUCGAUCAUUAAA